UCAUAUUCCUUUAUUCUCAAUUCCCAUUUUCAGAGCGACUGUGUUGUUCAUCUCCAUCUCUCUCUCUCUCUCUCUCUCUCUCUCUCUCUCCUCUGUUGUUGUCUACUCUCUUUCUGUUCCAUUUUCCUGAUACUGUGACACAGGUAGGUGGGGCUGGUCACCAUCCUUUUGUCAGAUUUCUCUUUUUUCAGUCCCUCAGUGUUGACAAAUAGGGCUGGAAGAGAAGAAUAAAACAACCCACUAUAUACAAAGUGAACAUACACACCCAAAUAAAUAUUUAUCUUUUCCUCUUGUUUCUCUCUCCUUAUAGUUCAUACAUACCCAUCUUUCAGGUGUUCCCUCUUCUCUUUCUUUGUUUCUGAGCUUUUCCCACAUGAAGACAAUCACAGCUAAGAGCCCUCAUGACUCUUCCUUCUCAUUCUCCAGGAGAUACUUCCACUGGAAGAGGAAAGUUGAAGAAGACGAGGAUAACGCGGAAGAAAUUUUAACUUUCAGCUCCUCCUCACAUGAUUGCGAGGAGGAGCUGAAAGUUAACGGGUUAGACUUUUCGGUGCCAUCACUGGCCGUUUCAGUGAAGGCACCAAAGAAGAAACUGUCAAUUAUGGCAGUUUCCAAGCUCCGAUCGGCUCUUGCUCUUUUUAGCAGCAAGAGCCAAUCAAAUUUUCAUUCGGGUCUUGGCACCCGAGUACUGGUGGGUACCUUAUUUGGGUACAGGCGCGGGCACGUCCAUUUCGCAUUCCAAGAGGAUCCCAAGUUGAGUCCGGCAUUUCUGGUUGAGUUUGCAACUCCAACAAACAUAUUGGUUCGAGAAAUGGCGUCAGGGUUGGUUCGGAUCGCGUUGGAGUGUGACAAGAAAACAGAGAAGAAAGGUGUUAAGUUAGUGGAAGAGCCAAUUUGGAGAACAUACUGCAAUGGCAAGAAAUGCGGGUACGCGAAAACAGAGAAGAAAGGUGUUAAGUUAGUGGAAGAGCCAAUUUGGAGAACAUACUGCAAUGGCAAGAAAUGCGGGUACGCGGUGAGGCGUGAAUGUGGGCCCGAGGAGUGGAAGGUGUUGAGGGCGGUGGGACCGGUUACCAUGGGAGCGGGGGUGUUGCCGGAGAGUGGUGGCGGUGGGUCUGAGGGGGAGCUAAUGUACAUGAGAGCCAAAUUUGAGAGAGUUGUAGGGUCUAAAGACUCUGAAGCUUUUUACAUGAUGAACCCUGAUGGUCAUGGUCAUGGAGGUCCUGAACUUAGCAUUUACUUGCUUAGAGUUUAAUAGUAUCAAUCAUCAUCCAAUUCCAAUUCCUAUUCCUUUUCCUAUUCCUAUUGGUACCUAUUUUGUGCUGCAAGUUCUAAUGUUUAGAUUGUUAGUUUUUAUUUUAUUUUUUUGGAAUGGGAAUUGUGGGGUUUUAACUUUUGUGUUGGCUUUUUUCAAUGUUUUGGGCUGUGGGUGGGGAGCAAUAUAGCAUGAUAAUAGGGAUGACUGGUGGGGUAUAUGUAUGUGUAUAUAACAAGAGACAAAUGUCCAGAUCUUGUCCCUUGCAUUUUGAAAUUAAGAUAAAUUGUGUUUCAGUGAGAAAAUUCAAAAUAAUUGUGUCUUUCAUAUAGGUGAAAGUUGUGGUAUGUACACAAUUCUCAUUUGUACUUUUAUGAAAUACAAUUAUUUUUGAGUUGUUUUCACUUU